UCAAAGUUCAAACAGCAAGCAGCUUGGAUUUCAAUCAAACUAAAAACAAUCAAAACGUAUUCUCUUGUCUCGAUUAUUUUCCUUUUACGAAAGCCAGGACAUCUCUUCAUACGUAUUAACACUUUUUGUAAAUACUGAGGGAUAUAACUCAUAGACUUCAUAGUCUCAUUCAAAAUCGAAUAUUCAGAAGUUAGGAUUUGAGGUCGCUUGGAUUGUUCAUGGUGAGAUUGAGACAAUGAGCAGCUUGAAACCUGCAAAAAGAGAAAGAAUACAUAAACUUCACGAAUAUGAUGUUUGUAAGAAGAGAUUUUCACAUGGUAAUAAUUUGGUUAAGCAUCAAAGAACACACACUGGAGAGAAACCUUUCGAAUGUGAUGUUUGUAAGAAGAGAUUUUCCCAGGUUGGCAAUUUGGUUAGCCAUCAAAGAACACACACUGGAGAGAGACCUUUCGAAUGUGAUGUUUGUAAGAAGAGAUUUUCCCAGGUUGGCAAUUUGGUUAGCCAUCAAAGAACACACACUGGAGAGAAGCCAUAUGAAUGUGAUGUUUGUAAGAAAAGGUUUUCACAAGUUGGUAGUUUGGUUACCCAUCAAAGAACACACACUGGAGAGAAACCUUAUGAAUGUGAUGUUUGUAAGAAGAGAUUUUCACAUGAUAGUAAUUUGGUUAGACAUCAAAGAACACACACUGGAGAGAAACCUUAGGAAUGUGAUGUUUGUAAGAAGAGAUUUUCACGUGGUAGUGAUUUGGUUAGACAUCAAAGAACACACACUGGAGAGAAACCUUUCGAAUGUGAUGUUUGUAAGAAGAGAUUUUCACAUGAUAGUAAUUUGGUUAGACAUCAAAGAACACACACUGGAGAGAAACCUUAUGAAUGCGGUGUUUGUAAGAAGAGAUUUUCACAUGGUAGUGAUUUGGUUUGCCAUCAAAGAACGCACACUAGAAAGAAACUUUUCGAAUGUGAUGUUUGUAAGAAGAGAUUUUCACAUGGUAGUAAUUUGGUUAGACAUCAAAGAACACACACUGGAGAGAAACCUUAUGAAUGCAGUGUUUGUAAGAAGAGAUUUUCACAGGUUGGUAGUUUGGUUAGACAUUAGUGUUAGACACUGUUAGACACAGGGUUAAACCUAAUCCUAAACUUAACCCUAAUCCUAACCUAAUCUCUGGAAUUAUAUUGAUUGCCAACAUUGGAAACGCUGAACAUUCCAGUGUUCCAAGAGAUCAGAAAACUGCCAGGGAGUGAAAUUUCAAGGAAAAAAGAGGAAGUUUGUUUUGGAAAUACACGAGCUUUUCUAGCGAAAUAUGUCGCACGACGUGACCGUAAACUUCAACGGCAAAUCAUUUAACCUUCGUUUUCAACCAUCCUGGACAAUCGCUCAACUAAAACGGGAAAUUGCUCGCAAGAGAAAUGUCAAAACUGCUGGAAUUAAAAUCAUUUUUGCCGGUCGAGAAUUACCCGAUGAAUUAACACUCGGGAAUGCAGAGAUGAACCACAGCAUCAUUCAUGCUGUUCAGAAAUCUGGUCAGAUCUCAGUUGGUGCAACUUACAAUGCAAAUGAUGGUUUGACGAAAGUGAAACUGACACAGGAUGAGGAUGGUGAAGAUGGUGAAUCUGGACAAUCAGGUGCAAGCGAAGUUUCUUCUUUGUUUUUUGUAAAACUUGCAAGAAACUAACACAAAGAAAAUUGCGAUGCCGAUGUUCAAAUUGCAAGGAAGGAAGCUUUGUUCUAUCACGGGGUCCAAAUGGUUGGGAUGAUGUAUUGAUCAAAGGCCACAUGCAGGAACAAUGUGAAUCCAAUACAACUGUCAUGGAAAAACAGCUGAAUUUUAUUUCAAAUGUGGGGAACAUCAUGGUAGAGAUGAACAGGCGCCAUUAUCAAUGUUGAAAUCUAACAUCAGAAAUAUUCCCUGCAUCACAUGCUCUGAAACAUUAUAAUGCGGUUGAAUGUUUUAAACUUGGUCAGCUUUGCAGCUCAAAUGGUAGAAAUUCAAUCCGUGGAUGUGACAGUCAGGGUUGUGGUGAUUUCGGAACACCAAGAGGCUCUCGUACACACAAUGGUGUCGACAUCAUUUGCAAACCAGAGAGUUCUGUCAUGACACCAUUUGAAAAUCACAUUCUUAUUCAAACAACAACAAACCAUAUAACAAUGGAUUGAAUAUUCAAGGAAGCGGAGAAGCCGAAGAUUUUAGUGCAAAGAUAUUUUAUUUCACCCUUUCGAAGUCUUCAGGGUUCGCUGAUGAAGGUUCAGUGUUGGGAAAAUCCCAGGAACUUCCUUACUCAGGAAAAACACACCAUUUGCAUUUACAACUUUAUAAGAAUGGUUUAAUCGUAAACCCAAAAGACUAUUUGUAAUAAUAGUUGUUGUAUUCCCGGUGGAAGGGGUUGUGGCUGAAAAACCUAUGUAGUAGGGGGGGGGGUAAAAAACCAAGGUGGGAGGAGCAGAAAAGCUUAUUUCAAAUGUUUUAUUUGGUGUUUCAUUUUA